AUAAAAUCUGCUGAUACGAAUCAGCAAUUAAAUUCGAGUUUGCAACGCAUUUGGUAAGACCAUCCUCAUUAGCGUGCAAGAUCACUUGGAUUGGAGGUUGACACUUUUUUAGGAUGGCCAGUCCCCUGUCCAACUUGGAGCCUAACAACAACUCUGCCACUGGCAUCAUGGUGGGUGUAAUCUUUGAUGAGGGCGUCAUUCUGGCCGUCACCAUGGCGGGUAGCCUCAUUUACUAUCUGGACGAUCGCAUCUACUGUUGUGCUAGCAACACUGGCUUUGAUCGGGAGGCAUUGCUGGAAACGGCUACCAAACUGGAGGACAUGUCGCACUUGGUGUCUGGCUUCAAGGGAGCAACUGUGUCCCAAGUCCUCGACUUGCUCACUAAGAAGUAUGAGACGGCCGAAGGUACCGAGCUGCUUUUAGCUGGCGAGGAUGUCAGUGGCCUGCAUCUGGUCACGUUGAAAUCCUUUGGUGCCUACACACAUGUCUGUUAUGCAGCCCUGGGUACAGGUGCCGAUGAAGCCAUCGAUUACCUUAAGAACGAAUGGAAAUGCGGCAUGAAUCUGAGACAGGCUGAAAGACUAGCACGAAGAGCCGUUGCCAUUGGUAAUAAAAACCUAUCCAAAGUGGAUUUAUGCUUUAUAUUCAAGCGUCCAGGCGAGACAUUUGCAUAGGAGAUAGAAAGAUAGAUCAUAGCUAAAACGACUGAUUAAAAUAGAUUAUGUGUUCAUCUUCAAGCAGAAAUAAAUUAGUUGCUGAUGCUCA